GGCAUCUACCUGGCUUCCCUCCUGGGCAACGGCCUCAUCCUCACCACCGUAGCCUGCCACCACCGCCUCCACACCCCCAUGUACUUCUUCCUCCUCAACCUCGCCCUCCUCGACCUGGGCUGCAUCUCCACCACUCUGCCCAAAGCCAUGGCCAAUGUCCUCUGGGACACCAGGGCCAUCUCCUAUCAAGGCUGUGCUGCACAGGUCUUCUUUUUUGUCUUCUUCAUAUCAGCAGAGUAUUAUAACCUUACUAUCAUGGCCUAUGACCGCUACGUUGCCAUCUGCAAGCCCCUGCACUACGGGAGCCUCCUGGGCAGCAGAGCUUGUGCCCAGAUGGCAGCAGCUGCCUGGGGCAGUGGCUUUCUCAUUGCUUUCCUGCACACAGCCAGUACAUUUUCCCUGCCCCUCUGUCAUGGCAAUGCUGUGGACCAGUUCUUCUGUGAAAUCCCCCACAUCCUCAAGCUCUCCUGCUCAGAUUCCUAUCUCAGAGAAGUUUGGGCAGUUCUAUUUAGUAUUUUUUUAGCAUUUGGUUGUUUUGUUUUCAUUGUGGUUUCCUAUGUGGAGAUCUUCAGGGCAGUGCUGAGGAUGCCCUCUGAGCAGGGCCAGCACAAAGCCUUUUCCACGUGCCUCCCUCACCUGGCUGUGGUCUCCCUCUUCAUUAGCACUGGCAUAUUUUCCUACCUGAAGUCCCCCUCCAUUUCGUCUCCAUCCCUGGACCUUGUCUUUGCACUUCUGUACUCGGUGGUGCCUCCAAAUCACAGAAAUGUUGAGGUUGGAAUGGACCUGCAGACAUCAUCUAAUCCAACACCCCUGCUCAAACAGGGCAGCCUGUUCCAGUGUGAGAAACCUCUCUGGAAAGGCCAGAAGGACAAUUCAGGGAACUGCAGGCCUGUAGGUCUGACCUCAGUGACGGGGAAGUUCAUGGAGCAGAUUGUCUUGACUACCAUCACGGAACAGUUCCAGGACCACCAGGUGAUCAGGCCCAGUCAGAAGUUAUUUAUCAAAGGCAGGUCCUGCUUGACAAAUGUCAUAUCGUUCUAUGACAAGGUGAUGCACUCAGUAGAUGAGGGAAUGGCUGUGGAUGUGGUCCACCUGGAAUGCAGAUUUAGGAAGGGCUCUUCUAAAAAGGUGAUGUGGCCCAUAGCCCAGCUGAUGGGCCUCUGCACCAAUGCAUGCAGAAUGGGAAACAAGCAGGAGGACUUGGAAGCCAUGGUGCAAUUAGAAAACGAUGAUCUACUGACUGAUGUCAUCUACUUGGAUUUCUGUAAGGCCUUGGACACGGUCCCAUAUGAUAUACUACUCUCUGCAUUGGAAAGAUAUCGGAUUUGA